AUUCGCGAGAACCUGUCUGAAAGUUCCCUCUCCCCAGAGUGAGAUAAGUGGCACGGAUGAACGUGACACAAGUCUAUAUCACUACUAUUCAACAAAACGCUCAGAGAUGCUGAGAUGCUGGGUUUGUUGUGAACGAAGAUGAAGAGUCACAUAGCCACAGUGGUGAUAGUCAGCUUCUUCAGCGUCUCGGCCUCUCAAGUUGUGUCAGCUGCACUCAGUGGAAAGAACUGCUCCAAGACUGCUGACUGUGGCUGGAAGUCGACUUGUAACACGACAAGCUCCCAGUGCUACUGUACCUCCGGCUACGUCCUUCACAGUAGUGGCAAAGAUUGUUUGAAUAAAAGCUGCUCCGGUGUGAAAGACUGUGUUGAGUGCUCAUCAGCUGAUGUCUGUAUGAGAUGUGUGAGUUUCAUCUUGAAAGAUACUAGAAGCUGUGUCUCUGUUUGUAAAGGCAAGGCAGAAAUAUCAGAAGAGGGGCCGUUCCUCGGCAAUGUCUGCACAGAAUCCAAUGACACAAAGGAUAUCAUCAUCCCCAUCGUAGCGGGAGUGGCAGCAGCUGUGUUGCUCUGUUUCAUCAUCACCUUGGCCGUGUGCUGCCAUCUGAGGAAAACAAGGAGGAAUGUCAAUCUUCAAGAGAAGAAUUAUAAAUCAAGAGAACUUGAGAUGGGCAAAGUUAAACAGUUUCCUGUCUAUGACAACAAGGGAUUUGAGAGCGAGAGCCAGCUGAGUGUCCGUCAGAAUGUGAUCAACUCUGACGUAUACCUGCAGCAGUUGGAGGAGUUGCGACCUCACACAGAGACGCUGAUGAUGGUGCUGAGUCAGAUACGCCGCAAGCUGCGCAGCAUGGAUCAGUCCGACCCAAGAGUGCCGACAUACAAGGGUGUGAUUCAUCAGUUGUGUCGAGUCUUGGUGUUGCUCCACAAGAAGGAUCCCACAGUCAGUAUCCCUUCAGAUGCCCUUGGUCUGAUAGAGUGGGCACAACAGAUGCUGGAGGACCACAGAGAGCAGGACGAUGAAGAGCAGAAUGUGUCAGCAGAACCUAUGGAGGGUCCCAUCAGUAGAAUCUCCUACAUCGACGUGGACUUGGAGCACAUGAACUCCCCUGUCUACGCUACACCUGUGGGCAAGGAUCAGCCCGGACACCCCCUCAGCUCCAGCAACACCUCCGGCUACUACAGCAGUGUCCCUGUGCCCUUGCCUGAGAUGAAUAAUAUUGGAUAUGCUACCAUUAACCGAACACCCACCAAUCCCACCUUGUAUAGCUCAAAUAAGAAUGUUCUUUCCAAACCCGGAUCUGUGCAGAAAGUGAACAAUGUGAAAUCCCGGUCCCGUGUUGUUACUAACGCUGGCUACUUCGCCAAUGGCCGGUACUACGACCCCAGCCCUCAGCCAGUUGUGUAUGCACCGGCCAGCUCCUAUAGCGACAGAAGCGCUGGCCCACUCUCAACAUUCACUGGGGACUUUCACAGAUCAAGAUCAUUUUCAGGAAGUGAUAAUAACUCAAAUUCUGAUGGAGACAAUGAAGAUGAUGAUAAAUUAAGUGACCUUGACCCCUUCCCAUUUGACCCUCGAGAUGCUACAGACCCUGUAGAAGUUUAGCAAGGAACGAGUUAUCUCCCCUGCUGAAUAUCAAGUUACUGGAAGGCAUACUGAAGAUGGCUACUGAAUCCUGUGUGAAAAUGGCAAUAGAUGCGGUAUGGCACAAUGCCAUCUGUGUAUGGUUUGCAGUGGGAUACAAAAUGCUGACUGAAAAUUGUUCAUUGAGUAGGAUGCAAAAUGCUGACUGUGCAAAUUGUUCAUUCAGUGGGAUACAAAAUGCUGACUGUGCAAAAAGUUUAUUGAGUGGGAUACAAAAUGCUGACUGUACAAAUUGUUCAUUCAGUGGGAUACAAAAUGCUGACUGUGCAAAUAGUUCAUUCAGUGAGAUACAAGGUGCUGACUGCAGAUUGUUCAUUCAGUGAGGUACCUAAUGCUGACAAUGCAAAGGGUUCAUGCAGAACAUGAGAAGAUCUUGAGUUCCCGUCCUUCGUGUUUCAUGCAUGGUUUCAUUCUGCUAAUUUAUGAAGGCAACAUUCUACUUUGUUUGCCAACAUGUGUCCAUUUAUUGAUAUCCAAGUUAUUGUUUUCAAUGGCAGUGUUCCACUGUUGUGGUGAAGCCUGUGGAUUGAGACCCAUCGUCAUGUGUUAUUCAUGGCACUGCAGCCCCCCGGGCUUAUAGAGGCUCGUCAUGCUUUCUUUGUGUUGAAGCGAGGUACGCGACACUAUGAAUCUGUCUCACAAAUCACAUGGUGUAGAACCAGUGCAACUAGAGCAAGGGCAUGUUUAGUUGUACGAGAAACUCCUUGUUCUGUCGUAGAGCUAAAACAAUUCCACGUGAAAAUAUUAUUUUUUUUAUUCAUGUUGCGUACAUUUUUACACUUCAAAGGAAAAAUCACAAUGCUCACAAUGGGUUUAAAACAAUCAUCGCCUUAAAAAAUAUAAAUCCAUUUGUUGUUUUAUUGUUUUUAGCCUUAUGUAUGCUACAGUCAGAUCGUGUUUGAAUGUUAGAUUAUGGUACUCUGAGGGAUUUCUUGUUACAAGUUAUUCUUCUCUUGAACCUACAAGCGACCUCUCGUGUUUGACAUAGCUCCCUGUUAAUCUAAAACCUGCUUUCAUCAAGCUGGGAAUUUAACAUUGUCUGCUACAAGGUAUACUUUUAUCAUUGAGUUUUAUGUUCAAAAAGUGGACAAGUUUUAAUUUCCUGAAAGAUGAGGAUGGCCGGCUUGUUGGCACCACAGCUGGUUUCAUGUGUUAGACGGUUUACUUGUGUAUGAUUUUAUUGUAUACUUGUGUAUGAUUUUAUUGUAUGAUCCAUUUUAUUUCUGCUGAGACUCAACUUCUGUAUUUCAGUGAAGUGCAAGUGACAGGAAACAGUUUUUAUUUCUACACGUCCCCAGAUAUCCAGGGUAUAUAUGUUUUUCAUAUUUUUCCAUUCAAUUGAUAGAAAAAAAAAAAAAUUCAAAAAGGGAAAUAUACUUUUUCUCCAGAUGUAACACUGUGUUAUCCAAUGACAGGGAUAUGUUAUGUGUUAUGGGGCGCCAGCUUCAAGUUAAAGAAAUUUGUUUUGCAUCGUAAAAGUCCAGUCAUUCUGUAGUAUUGUUUAUACCAGGAUGUUACUCUUCCUAAUGGCAUUUGAUUGAAUGGUAUCAUCACAUUCCCCCAAUGUCAGACACUGACAAAAAGGCCUAAAUAAAGUAAUGAUAUAAUGUUUCAUCCCCGCCCACCACGCUACCAACGACCACAUGGAAGAAGGCAGAUUUUCACCUGACAGUUUAGUUCUAUUAUCAUUGUGUGGAGCAACAAGUAUCUCUCCUCUCCCCAAUAAUUCAUAUGGUUUGUUCUUUCAUGUUCUAGAGUAAUAAAAGCCUUGACGUGGAGACAAUUAUGGAUUUUUGCAAAGUGUGCCCACCUGUUUUUACGUAUAUAAAUCCAUAAACAGAAAAUAUAUUGAAGUCAAAGUAAAUACAGCAACAAUACUAACUUCACCGACUGAUUAUUCAAUCAUUAACGCAAAAUCCUGUAGACAACAAUAUGGAAUCUGUGACAUCGUCUGUGCAAUAAUGAAACAUAAGCCAUUCUAUUAUCAGAAAAAAGUAGUCUGUACGUAGGCAUGGCCUCUUUAUUUAUUUCAGUUUGUGGAAACAAAUGCAAAAAAACCAAUUGCUUUGUUAGCAAUCAUAUGCCGCAGAAACAUUUGCAAUUAUUUAUUUAAUAUUAUACCCUGGAUAGAGGUGUUCAGUCUGAAUAAGUAAACAAUCUGUUAUCUUGCUGUUCGUGCAGCCUUCGGGGUGGUCGGGUAGCGUAGUGGUUAAAGCGUUUACUCGUCACGCCGAAGACCUGGGUUCGAAUCCCAACAUGGGUACAAUGUGUGAAGCCCAUUUCUGGUGUCCCCCGCCGUGAUAUUGCUGGAAUAUUGCUAAAAGCGGUGUAAAACCAAACUCACUCACUCACUCGUGCAGCCUUCUGUCCCUGCUCUGUGAGCUUCUACUGUAGAAGUAGUUUGUAAAAUGUUCUUAUAUAACCUGUUUCCUUUUGUAUUACCUUGAUGAUGUGUUCAUCAGUGUAGGCAAUGUUUAGUUUUAAUAGUUACUGUGUUUUUAUAUGUAGUCAAGUAUUACUAGGUUAAGUUUUAACCUUGUUAUCACUGGUAGCAGUAUAUAACCCUAUGAUGUAUUACCUGUCUGUCAUGGUAUUUAGUUUGAGUAGAAGUGUGUCAAGUAUUUGUCACCAUUUUAUAUAAGUUACUUACCAAAUACCUUAAGACAUAUCCCAUAUUACAGCAACACUUCACAACUUUCACUUUGCUUUAUCGAGCAUGAUGUACACAUUCCAUUUCCACAUUCACUGUGUUUGCGUAUCUGAAUUUAUAUGAACAGCAAAGGUUGGCGGUGUAUUUUGUUUAUAUUGAAACAUUCCUGAUUACAUGUACAAAGUAUGCAUCAUUCUUCAUUAUCAAGUAUCUGUGUGUGAUGUUAUCUAUUGUGAUAGAUACCCUGGACCCACUAAAGUAGCCAUCCAUUUUCUAGUUCUGUCUUGUCGGAGACCUGCAUCACUUCGGGCUCUCCUCCCACAUUAAGCUGACACGCCGUGAUAUGACUGGAAUACUGUUAAAAUCGGCAUUAAAGCUAACUCACUCACUCACUCACUCCAGUUCUGUCUUAAUCCUGAUUAUUGCAACAGAUGCUCUAUCACCAGUACUUGCCUAAGCGAAGUAUAUUAAUUUCAGCAUAAAGUCUUUACUCCCCGGUCUCAGUAAAUUUGAAAAAUCUUUUUAGCUAAAAGUAAAUAAAAAUAGUCUUCUGAUUCUAUGAAUUAUAUCUUAUGGCUCUGCAGUUGUCAGUGAGAAUCUUCCGAACUCGUGUGAAGGAGUGUAAUUUUGAUUGGCUGUUAAAUUCAAGCUGAUGUGCGAGAUAAAAUCUCUGACAUUAAGUAACGAAGUUACAGUGGUGAAAGGGUAUUGAUAAGGGAGAUGAUAUGCUUGAUAAUCCAGGAUGUGUAUACGUAUCCCUGCAUUCAUUCCUUGAUUCUGUUGCUGCUCAAUCAGCGAAGGUGUUCUCCAUGGUGAUAGUUAACAUAAUAGAUAAUAUCUGCAGUAAAACCCAUUAAUUUGCACCCCUUGAACCUGAUAUAUAUCAUUUAAAAGUCACCAUAGAGCAGUACCUAAAGGCUUGAAGACCUAGAACAUUAUGUAAUCUAAUAGGCCAUGUUUAUCCCUGCUGUUGCACAACAGGCUUGUAAAUGACGUAAUGUAUUACAGAAGUUUUGCGUAGUUAGAGAGGGAUUGGUCUUAGGACUGCAUCAUAUUUUGCUGCCCCCAACCAAGCCCCCACACGCAUUAUAAUUUAUCAUAUUCCUCCUCUCUCUCUCCCCCCCCCCCCCCCUCUUUCGUGUAACUGUUUUGUAUGCUCCAACCCACCCAUCCAAUGACAAAUGACCAGUCCCGAAAUAAUAAACAAAAAAUUUAACAAACAAAAAUAUUUGAAUUGAAUAUAACUGUCAUUUAUUUAUAAUAUCGCAUCCACCCUCAGAUAGUUGUGAUAAGCCUCCUCUUUCGCUGUCAUUUUUGUUCCAUGGAUUUCUCUGUCGCGUUCUCGCUCCCCCACCCCCAACCAGUCCUAAUUCCUUCCCACGGAGAGGGUUCUGUGGAUACUGAUGGUAAUGUAUUACUUUAUUUAAGGAAGUGCCCUGUGUUUGUCAAUUGCUACCUUAACGACUGCAACUUUUGGGUUGGCACUAUCUCAAAUCAUGGCUUGUCCUCUACGGAUAACUUGACAUGUGAAAGGUGUUAAUGUGCUUUUACUGUUAAUAUUAACCCAGCAAGAAGUUGUACAUUACUUUUACCAGUAUUUUGUGCUGAGUUAUGACGUAAGUCCCAGAUUAUACUCAGCCAAUAGACUUGUAAUACAGGUACCUAUGACAUGAUGCUGUUCAAUGCUUGUGUGAGCUUUAUCAGUCUGGGACUGACAUUAACGGGACGUACUACCUGUGCUUUGUUACAUUGUUGCCAAAUGGUCAUGCUCUGUCUUCCAUGCAUGUCAUUGUGAUGUAAACCUUGUAAGGAAAUGAUGGUUCCUGUUCAUAUAUUUAAGCUUGACUUUAUACAUGCUUGCAAUAGUGUGAGAGCUUACAGUAGUAUUUAAUAAGUGUGCCUACCUGCUUAAUGCCUGUUAAAUAUAUUAGUCAUGUCUUACUUUUUUGGAUCUAGUCAAAAAUGGUUUAAUCAAACACAAUUUUAAAGUUAUUUGCUAAUACAGUGGGUUUAUACGGCCCCAGAUCCACGCUGUACAUGAUGUCGAUCAGGAGUUGAAUUGCCUGUUGAAUUCAGUGUAUUAUGUAGCAAUAUAUUGCUAGUCCAAAUCAAAAUGCUUAAAUGAAAUGUUGUGAGUGCUUGUACAAUAUUUACAGUUUCUUAGAACUUUUGAACUUGGGACAAGGACUAGUGAAUUAAACUGUUAUUGACAUCCCAGUUGCAAGAACAUUGUCAGUCAUACUGUAUAGAUACUGUUAGUCUGACAACAGGUCUUGUGUGUAAUGUAGAUGAUAAGUUUGCAAUGAAAUUCUUCAUUCAUCGUGCGGAAAUAUGGUUAUGCCAAUUGCUUUGGGAAUCUCACCAUUAUGCUCACCAGGAUAUUUAUUUCCAGUAACUAGAAUCUGUAGGGAAACGGACAGACUGGUCAUGUAUAUUUUAGAUAUGUAGAAGUGACUGAUAUGACUCUAUUCAAGACUAUAUGCCCAGCUUGUCAAACUUGAAUAUCUACCACGGCUUUGAAUAAUGGAGAUUAGCUUAUUUAACUAUCCGGUAUUCCUUAGAACUGUUCAUGCCCCAGUUUCUAUACAAUGCACUUGCACAAGUAAAUAUUGGUGUCUAUGGUUCAUCUUAUGUUCUUUAUUGUUUCAUUGUGGACAUCAGUUGUGAAUAUGUGUUUCUUGUAUUAUUUGCUUUGUAAACAUUGAAUCAUUUUACAUGUUAUAAGUUAUACAUUUGAAAUAUUUUGACAAAUCAUUCUUUGGACUGAUAAUCUCAAAUCUUGUUCAUAAUAAGACCAGACUAUAUAAUUUCUUGUUUUAUAUAUGACUGAUUUUUUUUCAAACAGUAAAUAUAAGAUUAGAAUUCUGUUUUUGAGGGAAAAAUAUGUUUUUUUUAAAUAUUUCUGUUUGUUUUUUGGUUUAAAACAUAAAAUCAGGUUGUAUUAAAGCCAGUUAUCCUCAAAUCUGUCCUGAAAAUGUUCUAAUUUCCGACGACAUCUUAGCAUAUUGACCAUGACAAUCUAAAACAAAAAAAUUAAUUUGUCUGACCAAACUUUUGUAUUCCAUUUCACAGUAUCUUUUCCCCGAUCUUUUGUUGUUCUGUUAUGUACUACAUGUAGUAUUCUAGAUUUGGGACUGCUUCAGUAUUCUUCAUCACUGCAGGUCACAGCGUCAGCACUAGUAAUACAAACUGUAUUCCAAGGUCAUGAAGAAAAGAGAUUAUUUUCUUAUAUUGUGCUGAUGUCUUCUACAUUGUAUGACUUUUUCUCCUUUCAUUAAGAGACACAGGAGGGGUAUCAACCUUGGAUUUCUGCCAUUAUUUAAUUUGCUUAAGUUCUCAGCAAGUGAACAUUGUCUUGUCAGUUGUGUGGGAUGUAGUAUGUGAGCAGUACACAUUCCAAUCUGCAAGAUCUCCCAUGUUGCUAAUCAGGAAAUGAUCUGCGAGAUCUCCUGUGAUUCUAACUGUUGCUGAGACUUUGACAAUAGCCAUUUUGUCCUUAACAUGUGCUCCACAUGUCCUUAACAUGUCCUUCACAUGUCCUUUGUCACAUGAUUAUAGAACAGAGGGUAAAUCGAAUCUUUGCUUCUCAACCCUGCAGAACCUAUUAAACUGGCAAUAUUGUCUCUCUUGUGUGUUUGAUAACCCACUCACUCUCACAGUAGUGCAGUGGUUAGUGGACUUGCUUGUGACACUGAAGAGAAUGUUCAAUUCCCAACAAGGAUUUUGAAGUUGUGAAACCUCAUGGUGUCCGACAAGCUAUGGCUAAACAAUUUUUUACAAGUUGUUUUGAAACUUUACUCUUUGUCAUAUUAAGAGGUUUCCAGCAAAUUAGGGACCAUAUUUUGAAAAAUUGUAUACACAGUUGUGGCUCGAUUCAUAUUAUUUUUGUAUCUGGAAAUGGUAGAGAUGGCAGACCAUAACAUCCGUGAAUAGAUGUGUUCAGGGCCCACAUGCACAAAGCAAUCUCAGCAUUGAGGCUGGUGUAACUCCCAUAUGUUUAACAGAGCAUCAGUCUUAGUGCUAAGGUUUCUUUGUGCAAGUGGCUCCUGGGUAUCCAAGAAUUGAUAUGAGUUUCAAUUUUUUUAUCGUGUUGAAACAAAAAAACAUGUCAGAGAGGCUUACUCAACCCUAUUUUUGCCCAAGGGACCAAUUCUAUGUGAUGAAGCUGUUGCUACCUCAAGCUACAAUGAUAUCAUGUGAUAUGCUGUCCAAACCGUAUUGAGUUUAUGUUCUUCUGAAACAACAAUCCCACAACAUGAUUGUAAUACUACACGUUAAGUAGUUGUGAAAUGUUAUAGUUUUGUUUUUUGUCCGACUUUCACUAAGUGCCUGAAUGGAAACUUCUGCGUCUGUGAUGCCUUGGUAAUAUAUGCUGUGUCCAUGUGGUGAUGAUGCUGUUUGGAGGCUAUGAUGAAGCUGUGCACAGUGUAUCAUAUUACUUUUGUGUUGAUUCUAUUCAUAGUGUAUCAUGCUAGUGGUUCAGAUUUUCAACAGAAGUCCUCUUCACUGUCAACUAUCUAUAAUCAGUUGUGCAAGUAAUAGUAUCUUGCUGCUAGGCCUCUUGUGCACGCACAAAGCGGGAAACCCCACUUAUUUCCAACACCAGCUAUCUUUAAGCAGAUAAUUUUGGAGGUGUGUGGUAUUACUCCUGAUGUAAUAGAGGUAGUGUUCUUAGAAUUAUUUACAAUGAUAAUCAUUGUUUGAUGUUCAAUUUUAGAUAUUGAAGGUAUCCCCAGAUUCAAAUUCUAUAGGAGAUAAUCUCAAGGACCCCACUUCAAUUUGAACACUAAUUAUUAUUCAUUGAGCUUGUUGUUUGAGUUGACAUGGUUGCAAUAUUGCUUAAACCCUUGUAACCUAAUCAUUCACUUCAUUCAGGGAUCCAUGGUAUCCCAUGGUGCUCCAGGAAAUGAGUAAACCUAUGAUCAUCCACUUCAGUAUAGGAUUGGGUGAGAUAGCCUUGUGGUGCAAGUGUUCCCUGAUCAUGCCUGAGCCUGGGUUCGAUUCCCCUUGUUCAAUGUGUUUCCCCUUUCUGAUGUCUACCACUGUAUUAUUGCUGAAAGCUGUGUGAAGCCCUACUCACUUUCUUACUGCAUUGUAGGUAGUCUGGCUCAAAACUUGAGAAUUUAUGAUGUGCAGACUUUUAAUAGUUCAGAUGUGAAAUGUAUUAAGCCUUAGACAUAUAUUUUAAUUGAAAUUAGAUGAAUUCCAAGUUACAAGCGAGUAUAUAUUGUAAUAAUGCCUCGUCUACUGUGAGCUGUUAUUCGUGUUGACAUGACUGAUGAUUUGUGAAUGCUCUCUACAAGUGUAUAACUUACAUUUUCUGUUGCCAUUAACAAUGCUAAUCCUUACAUUGAUAUUGUAUGGAUGUACAUAUUGUGACAUAAACACUUUCAAGUUAAAUGUUAUCCAUAAGGGACAAAGCAUCGAGCUCAUGUUAUUGCUUUUGAUAUUUGCACAUGUGUAUUUUUGUUUGUUUUGUUUGUUAUUUAACGCCACACUCAUCAAUAAUCCAGCCGUAUGACGGCGGUCUUUAAGUAAUCCAGUCUGGACCAGACAAUCCAGUGAUGUGAGCAACAGUCCAAGCUGUCAGGGCAUGAUAUCAACCAAGUCACAGAGCCUGACCAUCCAAUCCAUUUGGUUGCCUCUUACGACCAGCAUAUAGGUUUCUGGGGACCCAUUCUAACCUGGAAUCGCUAUGGGGUUACAUUUUGUGGUUCUCAAACCUGUCAUUUGAGGAUGACAUACAUGUAUUGUGUGGUUGUGAGGACAAUAUAGUAGAACUUCAUUCACUGUUCAUGAGAGGGACUUAUCAAGAUCUGCUCAGUGGCUGAUAUACAUGUACAACCCAAAAUCUGAAGCAAAUGUCAUUAAAUAUUCCCAAUUCCUAAUAAAUUUGUGAAAAUGAGAGCUAUAAAAAUCCAAGUUUUAACAAAGUCACAAUUUGCCUGCCAAGGGCACUUAGUUUGGAAUCCCAGAUUUAUCUCUGUUACAUUGCGAAUUCAUAGUGUGCUUUUUUCAGAACAAUAAAUUUGACAUUUCGUAAGUUUUCUUUAAUUUGAUACCUUAAAAUGUUAAUUAAUAAUACAAAGAGAAACCUUAAGGAUCAUGCAUUAUUAAUGAAUGUUCAUCAAUUCUUUCCGAAGAGAUGGUCCAUAAUGCCUGGAAAAGUUUUUCUCUAUUAAAGUUAUGAAACAUUACAGAUUGUCGUGUGAAGUCAGAAGGGAAAAAAACACUGCCAAAUAUUGAAUAUGUGUGUAGGAGUAGUUAUUCAAAUUUCAGUAAAAAUAUUUAAGAAAAUAGAAGUUUUUAAUAUUCAAAUAGUUGGGUUUGUUUUUGAAAGGUCUUUGAAAAAUAUUUUGAAACUUUCUUGUAAAUGAAAAAAUUGUUCUGUAGGGAUGAAACAGUAAACCGACAUAUAUUGGCAUAAUUUAUCACAAUAUUUUAUUCUAUUGUGAGUAUUAGUGCAUAAAUUUGAUAUAGGUUUGAUAUAGAUUUUUGGAAUCAACGUUCAUGUUAUUUUAAGACAUCUCCAAUACAUGGUCAGAUUAUAUUCUACUCCAAAAAGGUUAAGGAACACUCGAUCUUUCAUAUUACUGUAGAUAAUCUGUCAUGGCACGACUUUUGAGUAGUUCACAUGAAUUUCAAAUGAUGAAGCUUGAAUAUCAAGAAUAUCUGAAAACAACCUGAUGUGCAAAUAAUGCAUACAGUUUGGGAAACAAUACAGAAUGAAGGAUCCUUGAGGUGAAUAUCACAGUACACAAAGUCUGUGGUGAACUGUUACAGCAUGACUGACUUGAACAUCAGCCUAACAGUAAGCCAUGACGAAGCACCCAUUUUGAAAAUGACAUAAUGUAAUUCGUAUGUGAACACCUCUUAAAAAACUCCUGAAACUACAAGAAAUAAAUAUGAACAUGUGACUCACCCAACUCCAUAACAUUAAAAUGGGCAUUUCGUACCCCCUUGAUCUGCCUCUGGUUAUUUUGAGCUGAGACAAUACCAAGGUGGUAUUAAUGGCAUAAGUGUGCUUGACAGCCUUGAUAUAUCUGAUUCAAUCUCAUUAAAAUCAGAUCUAAGUUCUCGCUGCCGCUAAACAAAGAUCUGAGGACAUCCCAUUACGGGUCACGUCAGAACGACCUUUCACGAACUUUGACUUACCACUGAAAUGACUAACACGAAGUCGACAUCAGCCAUUAGAAAGCAGCCUUCUCGAAUUUUCGGCACUUGUUCAACCUGGCGACUUCUAUUUCAGACUACGCUUGAAAAAUAUGUUGACACGAUUAAACUUUUGAAAACCGAACAAACGAACAUUCCGGAAUGUCUAAUAUAUGGUUGAGAUUGUAUGGCAGUGCUUCCCACGUACUGUGCAACGCCUCCUCCGUUCAAAUGUUUAUCCCACGGAAGCGAAAGAUAGACAAUAAUUUUGACGAAAUCAGUCGUGCGUGCCGUAACUGUCGUUCGGAAUACCCUGUGUUAACAUUGUCGAGGUUGCAUGAUUAGAAAACACAUACCGACUGUCACUUUCAUGAUCUUGUAAGCGAAGCUUCGAUUGGUCGGAUGAAGGGUUGUUCUGACGUGACCCGUAAUGGGUUUUCCUCAGAUCUUUGUUUAGCGAUAGCGAGAACUAAGAUCUGAUUUUAAUGAGAUUGUAUCUGAUUGUAUAUAUACCAUAGUAUAAAUAUGUGCAAAUGUUGAAAUUCAUUAUCCAGACAUAAAACUGUGUUACCGUCUUUUGUCACAAAAAAAACAAAACAAUUAAAGCACAUUUGUCUCGAAAUGCUGACAUUUGAAGUUUUAUUGCUAUUUGCAUGGUUUGUGUAAAGUGAAUCAUGUUUUUCUUGCAGGCAUUUUGCCUAACAGGACAUUUCCCAAUAUGUUUGCUGGUGAUUAAGAUCCUACUGUGCUUAUAAUUGUUUUGAAACAUUCUUGUGAGGUCAAAGUAUGUUUAUAAGUUAAAUGAAGUGUCACUCAUUCCGAAUACAUUUCUGCUGGUUUUUUAAUCCAUUGAAUAUAAAUUUAACAAACAUCUCUUUAUAAUAUUGUCAAAUUGUAUGCAUGGACGAUAAUAUUGACUGAAGUUUCAUAUUGAGACAUGCUUUUUUAUAUGUAUGUACAAACCUGGUUGUGUAUUUUUGUCAUAUUGAACUGUGGAUUGAAUUACUGUGACCGAUCUUCAUCCUGAAUACAGACCGUCCUGACUGCUGAAACAGACAGCAGUUAUACAAAGCAGCUGUUAAUUUUCUAUAAUGUCUAUUUCAAACAGCAGCUUGAGCAUUCGUCCAAUGUUUAGUAAACAAAUGUGUUUAAUUCUGUUAUGAUCAUAUAGAUUUCAAGGAUUCUUGUAUCAGAGUGAAAUUAUGAUCUGUUGUGAUCUAGUGUGAUGAAGUUCACCAAUACGUUGCCUGACCUUACAUUGGUCAUGUAUUGUUAACGAAAAGUUUAGACAGAUUUUAUUGAAUUACUUUCCAUUUUUUAGUUUGUGUGAAUGGUUGUGAAAGCUGAAAUAUCAUAGUGCCUAUACAGAAGACUUUUGUCUUUCAUGCUUUUUGAAAAAUGUUUUAUGAUUCUUUUUGUAAAUAUACUGUAUGAAUUGGCACAUUUACAAUUAUGUGAAGCUGUCUGUUUUAAUCUGAGAUAUAUAUUGUGCAGAUUCUCUCCUGAAAAUUUUGUGAUACAAGUGCUUUUGUAUGUGUUGCCAAAAACAUUUGCUUUGCCUUGACAUUUUCAAUUUCACAUGUGGCAAGACGAACAUUUCUUUGAAUUUUGAAACCCACGGUUGAAGAGAACUAGUAUCUGUAAUAACAUCCAUCACAUUAGGAAUACUCAUGUUAAAAAUGUAUUGGGUUAAAAUACUCCAUAAAUGAAAUUUAAUGAGAAAUGUACUGGAAAUAAGGAAGUUGUUCAGCUUUUGUCACUGAUGUACAAGUUCACACAGUAAAGGUACAAGAGACAGACUGAAGGGAGAGGUUUCCAACAUAGCAAUCAGGGUGUGGGGCUAUAUAUUUGUUAUAUAACUAUAUAUACAUAAAUACAUAUUACAAUCGUGGUACAUAUAUCAUUACCAAAGUGUUCCAUGUACAGUGUACUUAAAUCCUGAUUGAAUAAAUGUCAUGACGCUC